AUGCAAGUUUAUUGGCUGUCUUUUGAAUCUGUGGAAAGACACUGAUCAGGAGAGAAGUGGCCCUGGGGUAGGAAAGACCUGUGCAGGUGAGUGGUUGGGCCUUGAACUCCUUGUCUAUUCAUCAUGCCACUUUGUGCAUCAUUUGUUCAUCUCUGCUGUCUUGUAAACAGUGGUAGGUGCAUGGAAAUUCUGAUUCAGGGAAAACUUGGUCGUGAGAAAAGAUGAAAAGUAAAAAUCUGAACUUUGAAGAGGUCUCUUGGCAUAGGUAUCUCUCCCAAGAUUAGCUUUAUGAAUGUCUGAUUUUUACAAAUAGUAAGAUUUGAACUGCCUCACAUUGCUGACUAUCAUUCUGACUACAGGUCUUUUGUGAAAGUGGUCUUUUUCACAGGAAACAUUCAUUUUAAAAUGCUGCACAGCAAGCUCAAUUUUCUUUGGCCAUCCCAUAUAAUAUUUUCUAAGAAACAAUUCUGAAUUGCAUUUAUGUUUCAGAAGAACACUGUCUUGGUUUUGCAAGCUACAGCUGGCGCACGGACUUACGCAUACAGAGAAAAAUUUGCAUGUGGGGGGAAAUUGACAUGUGGAAAAGUGUCAUUUUAAUAGCAAAAGCAAUAAUGUAUCAGCUAUUAAAUGGCAUUUUGAAAAGUUUAGCUUUCAGGCUCCACAAAUACCGUUGCAUAUUUGGAACUGCAGGAGAUAAGAGUAUUUGUUAUAUUCUCCUAGGGAUCUUGCUGGUCACUACUAAUACAAUACCUUUUCCAUUUUUUACUUGGAAAUUCACAGUCUUGUUAGCAUAUUUGCAUGCUGCCAUUGAAAGAGAUUUAUGCCUUGAAUUAAAAUUUGUAGAAUACUCCAGUACAGUUGUGUAAAAAUCUUCGUUUUACAAGACUUGCCACUUCAGAAAGAAAGCAGCUGGCAUUAUAUUUCUGAAGGUGAAAUUGUAGACUGGGUUCUACCAGCUGUUUUUUCAGGCAUUCAGUUGUAUCCCUGCUGCAGUCCUGGUGCACACAGCAGUUGGCUUCAGCUCAAGAUGCUUGUGCAGUGGAGGAGGUGGUUGUUGUCAGAGAACAGGUAGCUUCAAAGUCCUGUGUAAAGCAAGGUGUUUGAAUUAUUUGUAAUAUAUACACAUGUGGUAAGGAAAAGAAAGAUGGAAAAAGCCUGGUACUACAGGUGAGGAGGAAUAACCUUUGGGAAGGUCAAAAUGAGGAGACUUGAUUGGUGUCUUUGCAUAAAACAGUCAGCCUUGGCUAUCUUUAUGCUUCAUGUUCCUUGUAAGUUAAUUAAUGAUGAAAAGAAAAAUGUCCUUCAGGCAGAAGUACUUUUAAAUUUGUUGGUUUUUCUUUUUUUCGUCACUCUGAGAUAGAUGUUGGUGUUUUAUAAGUACACUUAACCAGUAGAUAAGAGUUUUGUAACUUUAUCUUAAUUGCUUAUUCUUAGUUUUUGUUCUCCUCACUAUCAGCAACUGUGUCACCGGGUAUGUAGUAUAAGACUGAAAAGUUUAGGUUGUACUUCAUUCAACCUUGUGUUGUUCGCUUUUGGAGCUGUCAUCUUUUUUUUCCUCAAUUUUAAGAAAUAUGGCCAGCUUUCCUUUAAUGUAACUGCUAAUACUACUCUUGUGGACCCCUUAUGUGUUCUCUGUUAUGAUGUAAAGCUUUCAUGUGAAAUAUGCUGUGUUAGGCAAGCAAAGGUCAGACAGCCAUACUUAUUAAAGGAUCUGGAAGAGAGCACACUGACUUGUGAGACUUCUGAGACAUCUCUAACCAAAGACCUUCUGGGACAGAAACACAGCUGGGCAGCAAUUUAUUUGACAGGGUUUCUGCGUGGCUGUACUAUUUCAGUCUUCGUUUUGGCCAGGAAGUUUCUUUCUAGCUUCUGUUUUGCAGAGAAACUGACUUACCGUGUUACAUAGUCCUCCUUUCUUUGGUCCCAAUGCUUCCUGGCAUUAGAGAUUGACAGAAAUGUCUCUGGCUGGCAGAAUACUGAAUACCUCUCUCUCUAGCAUCUUGAACUUGGAUUUCAAAUUCCACGCUGCAAAGUUGAGGCAUGAUAGGGACAUAGAUGUAUGUGGAAUCAAUGUGCUGAAGGUCUUAAAUGGGUUCACUUAACAUGACUUUCCACAAACUGUUCUAUAUCUGCAGACACUUUAUUUAGUCUGUGCAGCAGUUCCUCAUCUCUUAAGAGGGUGUGAUAGGUGUACAGCUGGUGGUUACCAUGGUAAUGGCUAGUGUCAUACAGAAGAUCAUACCUCACUAUUCUCUUGCUCGUUGGCUUCUCUGUAGUGGCAGUUUACGGUGGUAUCAACAUCCCACCGAAGAAGAACUACGAAUUCUUGCAGGGAAGCAAAGAGGGAAGAGCAAAAAAGACAGAAAAUAUAAUGGUCAUAUUGAAAACAAGCCCUUAACCAUUCCAAAAGAUAUUGAUCUUCAUCUGGAAACAAAAUCUGUGACAGAAAGGGACACUAUUGCACUGCAUUAUUUUCCGGAAUAUCAGUGGUUGGUGGAUUUCACUGUUGCAGCUACAGUUGUGUAUAUGGUGACAGAAGCCUAUUACAGCAUUGUGAAGCCCUCACAGGAAAUGAAUAUCAGUGUAGUGUGGUGUCUACUUGUCUUGGCUUUUGCGGUUAAGGUACUGUUUUCAUUGACUACCCAUUAUUUCAAAGUUGAGGAUGGAGGUGAAAGAUCAGUCUGUGUCACUUUUGGUUUUUUCUUCUUUGUGAAAGCAAUGGCGAUUCUCAUUGUGACAGAAAACUACCUAGAGUUUGGACUGGAAUCAGGUUUCUCAAAUUUCUCUGAAAGUGCUAUGCAGUUUCUUGAAAAACAAGGUUUGGAAUCCCAGGGUCCUGUGUCUAAACUAACCUUCAAAUUGUUCCUGGCUGUUCUGUGUUCACUUAUUGGUGCUUUUUUGACAUUCCCUGGCUUGCGACUGGCUCAAAUGCAUCUGGAUGCUCUGAAUUUAGCAACAGAAAAAAUAACACAAACAUUGCUACACAUAAACUUCUUGGCACCUUUAUUUAUGGUUCUACUGUGGGUAAAACCAAUCACUAAGGACUACAUUAUGAACCCCCCUUUGGGCAAAGAGAGCAUUCCUUUAAUGUCAGAAGAUACGUUUGACACUGUCAGGUUGUGGAUUAUAAUCCUGUUGUGCGCUUUACGGUUGGCUAUGAUGCGCCAUCAUUUGCAGGCCUACCUGAAUUUAGCCCAGAAAAGUGUGGAUCAGAUGAAAAAGGAAGCUGGCAGAAUAAGUAUGGUUGAUUUACAGAAAAUGGUGGCUCGAGUAUUCUAUUAUCUUUGUGUAAUUGCACUGCAGUAUGUUGCACCAUUGGUAAUGCUCCUUCACACAACUCUGCUCUUGAAAACACUAGGUAAUUAUUCCUGGGGCAUCUACCCAGAACUGAAUUCUGACACUCCAGUAGAAAACAGUCUUCUUCCCAGUUCUGUUUCUUCUGAGUCUCCACCUGCUGAUGGAAAGAUGAAAGUAACAGUAGUACAAAUAACCAUGGCUUUGGGAAGUCUAAAGAAUAUUUUCACUCCUCUCCUGUUCCGGGGACUCCUGUCUUUCCUCACCUGGUGGAUUGCUGCUUGCCUUUUUUCUACAAGCCUUUUUGGGCUUUUCUAUCACCAGUACCUGACUGUGGCAUGAACAGGUCGACUGAUAAAUCAAGUGUGAGGUCAAAUGCUAGAUACAAACCCAGGUACCCAAGAGGAGAUGAAGAGAAAAGAAAACUAUAUAUGAAGAGAAAACAUAUCAUAAUUGUUUUUAAGCACUUCCUCUGUGUUCUCAGGGUGAAUAAUCUUAAAAUGUUUAAAAUCACAACUGGGUUUGUUAUUUUUGUUACCCAAAUGGUAGGUAACUAAUUGAAUUAUAGUAUUGGAACAGACUGACAUUAUUGUGUGAUAGAUGGGUGGUAAGCAUGCUGAAAAGAUGUGACCUCUGAGUAUCUUGGUUUCCAUAAACUGCAAGCCAGCCUCAAAAAUUUGUGUUUUACACAUUGAAGUCAGUGACUGAACUGCAUUCAAAGGGUACUGGUUAUAGUGAUGGUGGCUGCCUAUCGAUUUAAGUCUUGAAACUGAGCCAUACUAUGAAAGGAGAAAGAGGGGAUUUAAAAAAAAAUAAUUCUGUUGGAUAGCUAUUGAUCACUUUUCUCCAUGAAAAAUGAAAUAAUCCAACAGGACAGGAGAGAUACUGUAUAUUACAGUAAGGAAAGUUGUAUAAAAUUUAAAUUUAACAGGAGUAGAUGUAUGUACCUGACAGGUAUUGCUGCCUACAUAUUUUGCAGGCGUGCUUGUGUAGUAAGAAGAGAGUUAUAACAAAUAUAUUAUUUCAGUCCCUGCAGUCAUUUUGGAGUAAUGGCCAUCUGUAUUGGUGCUAAUAUUGAUCCACAGAUUCCAUCUGGAUCUUUUAAAUUUCUUCUUUUGAGGUAGUAGAUAAAUUCCAUUGAAUACACAAAAUAGUAGAAAAUAAUUAGUGACAACAAUCGAGCCUUUCAAAACAAAACAGUUUAAUCCUGCUGACUGAGAGUGUAUGUAUAUGUGUAAUGUGCAUAUAAAUAUAUAUUAUAUAUUAAAUAUAUAAUAUAUAUGAAGUUAUAAAAUAUGGAAUCUUUAUUUUAAAAUACUGAAUGUAUCUUACAGGGCCGUGGGAGAGGGAUAUAUGUGUAUCUAGUAAUUUCAAGAUCCCUUUUGAAGUGAAAAUUAAAUUUUUUUUGGAAGUUCAGUUGAAAGGGCUAUUUGUUUUUGGUGCCUCUUCAGAGGUACUCAGCUAUACUAAAGAACUUACACUGUCUUGAAAGAAAUGAUCUGCUUAAACUGUUAAUCUUGGAAUUUCUGCUCUGUCAGAUCAUCAUCUUUUGCCACUUUAAUCUGUGUUAACUUGGCCAUAUAAUAAGAGUUAAUAGAUCUUGUCUCCAGAAAUAGAUUUUCUGUAUAAUAAAACAGCUAUAUAGUAAGGAGGAGCAAAGCAUUAACUUUACAAGUUUUGCUUAAGUAGAGGGAUAAAUUCCAAGUAUAAAACCGUUGACAGUUUUUCAGAUGUUUUGUGUAAUUGCAAAACAGAAAGGGGAUUUAUAUGCAGUAGCUUUUUUUAAACAGUUAAUAUUACACUUUGCAGAGGUCAGUGGGUUUUUUAACUAAUACUAGCUGUUUUUAUGUUACUGUUCUUUUUCUCUUGAAUUUGUGUACAGCUUUUGCAUAUAAUAAUCAUUUAUAAAUGGAAAAGCUUAACUAAAUAUUUAAUAUGUAGCAAACCUACCAUAUGGGAAAACAAACUCAAUGAAUGCAGAAAAUCAAGAAUUUAAGCUGGUGAUAAACUAUCUUACUGUGUUGAAUGCCUUUUAAGUUAUUUAUUAGUUUAUUAAACUGUGUUUAGUGAUACUGGGGGAAGAUUUGUGUACACCAGCCAAUACCUACCGCAUGCAUUGGGGAUGUCUGAGAACACCUUGCAUGAUGCUACUGGUUUCAGCUCAGUGUAGUAUUUCAGUGUGACUGGUGCUGCAAGCUUUGUUGUUUUCACACCAGCUUUUUGUAACUAAUGGGGACAAAGGCUUAACUGUGAAUUGGCCUAAAGAAUAAUAUUUGACUUUAUAGAAUCAGAUCUUAAAACAUUCCUAGGAAGUACCUUUCAGAUGAACAGUAGAAUUACAGAAUAUGACAGGUCCAGCAGUGCUGGACUUUCUUAUUAGUUCAAGAUAUAUCAUUACUAAUAGAAUUAACCAGGCCAGCUUUGAAGUUAGAAUUAGGUGUUCAAUGCUAAUCCUUUGUUCAGGAAAAUAAAUCAAUGUAAGUGCAGUUUGGUUUGGAUAGUGAACUUGGCUGAAGACUCUCACUAUGUAGGAGAUGUAACCUGUUGUUGCAAUCUGAAGGAGUAAAUUUUGUAUAAUGGAGAAUACUUCAAAAUAAUGUUCAACAUCAGAGUUUCCGUUGGCAUAGUUAUUUAUUCUGCAAGCUUAUAAGCACAAGUGAACUGUAGUUAUGUAGUAUCGAAUUCAGCAAAGGCAACGAGUGGAUCAUGUAGCUGAGCUUCACAGAGCUUUUGCUGAGAGCUCAUGCUGUCUUGCUAUUCCGAUGUCACACUGAUCACAAUGAAGAAUAGGCACCUGGGUGUUGCUAACAUUAAGAUCAGUGCUUCUAGCCGUUGCUGUUCCAUUGUUCUGCAGAACUGAGUGGCUGACUUUCUGUUCAGCAGUCUGAUCUGAGUGGGAGAUGGUCUUUCAUUGGAUCCAUUUAAUCCUUACAUGAAUCCAGGAGGUUUAUGAAAAACUAAGAUAAGCCUUUAAAAUGUGAAGUGACAGUGAAACUAGAGGGCCUGUAUUGCUAACAUUUUGAGCAAUUAUGAGAUAUACUUAAAAAUGUCUUUUGGGAUUGUUACUUUAAUAGUCCUGACUUCCAUGUAUAUUAUAUAAGGUUCAAAGCAGUAUCUGCUCACUUUAGUAAGUUCUUUUAAACGAGUAGCUAACAAAUUCUUUCUUCUUUUGUUUCAUGGAGGUCUUUAUCAGCACCUGGGAGUGAAGGGAAAGCAUCUUGCAAAAGUGGAAAAACAAGUAAAACAUGACUGAAAGCUUGGUAGUUUUUAUUCAGGUUUCUUACACAUUUUAUCUUACUUUUCCCCCUAUGCUUAAUCACAGAAUUCUAGAAUGGUUUGGGUUGGAAUGGACCUUAAGGAUUUUCUUAUUCCAACCCCCCUGCCAUGGGCAA